AUGCCUCGAGUCGACGAUGACAUCGUGUUCACCCUCUCCGACAAUGAUGACCUCGUAGGCAGCGACUAUAGCGAGCCCGAGUCAAUACCUAAGCCAAAAUCCAACAAGCGGAAGCGAGAAGAGCAACCCGUCAAAGCAAAGAACAAGAAACCGAAGGUGCUGCAGGAGGAUCAAGAAAGCGACGAAGAAGACCAGGGAGUCAGAGAUGAUGCACUUGACUCUGAUUUCGAGUUUGAGAUCGGAGGCAAUAACUUCGAUGACCAGGUGGAGGACUUCGACGGAUGGGGAGGACCAGGCGCAACGCAGCAAACCGCAACCAAGCGAGGCGUUGACCUCGACGACAUUAUAGCGAGGCGGCAGCAAAAGAAGACUGAGACUCCUCCGGCGCGAGAAGCCAAUGGUUCCGAUGGUGACGAACACUCUGAUGAGAACUCAGAUGCACCGCUUGUUGAAGAUGCGGAUGCGGAUGCAGAAUCUGAAGAUGAAGUAGCGUCUGCUAUCGAUUUCGAAAACGACGAGCUUCUUGCCGACGAUGCCUUCGGUGCAGGUGCACAAACAGAAGAAUCUGAUCCAGAAGAGGAGAAUUCAGCUGACGAGGGCGACGACGGGGCAACCUCAGACAGCGACUCGGUAGCUUCGCCUACGGCGCACCCAGAUGAUGAUGCCUCUGACUCCGGAGCCGAGACUGACGAUACCACAGCGGACUCAGACGCCGAUGAGAAUGCCAAACGCGCAGCAUUCUUCGCGCCCGAGGCCAAAGAUACUGCCACUUCUGCAACGAAAUCAUUUCAGCAGUUCUCUUUGUCACGGCCCAUUCUCCGGGCCGUCUCUACAUUGAACUUCACCAGUCCGACACCUAUCCAACAGCGGACCAUUCCCGUUGCUCUUCAAGGCCUUGACGUCGUUGGUUCAGCCGUGACCGGAUCCGGUAAAACUGCCGCUUUCCUUCUGCCAAUCCUUGAGCGACUCCUCUACCGACCUCGUCGUGUUCCUACCACUCGCGUCGCCAUUCUCAUGCCCACCCGUGAGUUGGCUGUGCAAUGUCACUCUGUUGCAGUCGCUCUCACCAAGUUUACCGACAUCACCCUUGCCACUCUCGUCGGUGGUUUUUCCCUCCGCGAGCAAGAAGCCACGCUCAAGAAGCGACCUGAUAUCAUCAUCGCCACACCGGGCCGUUUCAUCGACCACAUGCGUAACUCUGCUUCCUUUACUAUCAGUACCAUCGAGAUUCUCGUUCUCGAUGAAGCCGACCGGAUGCUUGAGACCGGAUUCGCCGACGAGCUCGAUGAGAUCCUCCGUACCCUCCCCAAAUCACGCCAGACGAUGCUCUUCUCCGCUACUAUGACGUCUACCAUCGACAACCUUAUCCGCUUAGGUAUGAACAAACCAGUCCGCGUAUCAAUUGCAUCAGCCACAACUACAAAUACUACGCUCACUCAAGAAUUCGUCCGCCUCCGACCCGGCCGUGAGCACUUCCGUCUCGCAACCCUUGCCCUGCUCUGCUUGCAUCAGUACACCACUCGCACGAUCAUCUUCUUCCGCCAGAAGCAGACUGCACAUCACACCCGCGUGCUACUAGGUCUACUGGGUCUCAAAGCCGGCGAACUCCAUGGCAGCAUGACGCAAGAGCAGCGUAUCAGCGCCGUGAACGGCUUCAAGGACGGCAAGAUCACCCAUUUGCUAGCUACGGACCUUGCAUCCCGUGGCCUAGAUAUCAAGAAUGUAGCCGCGGUCGUCAACUACGAGGCACCACAAACGCACGAGAUUUACGUGCAUCGUGUUGGGCGAACCGCCCGCGCAGGCCGAGAAGGCCGCGCCUGCACCAUUGCGGCGGAGCCAGAUCGCAAAGUCGUCAAAGCCGCCGUCCGCGCGGGCCGCACGCAGGACGCCAAGAUCGUCUCCCGCGCCAUGGACCACACAGAAGUGGAAGCCAUGCACGCGCGCAUCGAGGCGCUCGAGCCGGACAUCGAAGAGGUCCUCAAAGAGGAGAAAGAAGCCAAGCUGCUGGCGCAAACGGAGAACGAGCUCACCCGCAGCGAGAACCUCAUCAAGCACCAGGACGAGAUCAUGAGCCGGCCCAAGCGAACCUGGUUCGAGACCGAAAAGGACAAGCUGGAGGCCAAGAAGCGUGGCGCCGAGGCGCUGAAUAACCCCGGCGGUGUGGAAGUCAAGGUCAAGGCCGAGAAGAAGAGACUGAGCAAUAAGGACCGCAAGCGCAUGGAUGCGAAAAGGGAGCGAAAGGAGGGCGGCGAGGGCGCCUCGGGGGUAGGGAAGCGGAAGUUGCUUGAGCAGGCGCAGCGUGCCAAGGAUGCGGGGAAGAAGAAGCAGAAGAAAGAGGAGAGGAUGAAGACACCGGGUGGCGGGUCGAGAGGAGCGGCAGGAAGGGGGGGAGGAGGCGUGAAGAGGAGUGCCGGUAUUGGCAAGUUCAAGGGUGGGAAGGCGAAGGGGCGGAAACCGAGGAAGUAA